GCGGCGCGGGCCGGGGCGAUGCUGUCGGGCGGCAAGAAGACCGCGGAGGCGGCGGCCGGCGGCGGCGAGGGAGGGCCUGAGGCGCCUGUGCCGCCGCCCGCCGUGCCGGGGGCCUUGGGCUCCUCCGCCGAGGGCGGCGGGGCUUCGGAGCGGACCCCUCGCAAGAAGGAGCCGCCGCGAGCUUCGCCGCCGGGCGGUCUGUCGGAGCCGCCGGCCUCCGGCGCCGCCCCUGCGCCGGGCGCCGAGACCACGGGCAUAGCUGAGACCCCAGAGGGCCGCAGGACCAGCCGCCGCAAGCGGGCCAAAGUGGAGUAUAGAGAGAUGGAUGAGAGUCUUGCAAAUCUGUCAGAAGACGAGUAUUACUCUGAAGAGGAGAGAAAUGCCAAAGCUGAGAAAGAGAAAAAGCUACCGCCACCACCUCCACCAGCUCCUGUGGAAGAAGAAAAUGAAAGUGAGCCAGAGGAACCAUCUGGGCAAGCAGGAGGACUUCAAGACGACAAUUCUGGAGGGUAUGGAGACGGCCAAGCAUCAGGUGUGGAGGGCGCAGCUUUCCAGAGUAGACUUCCGCAUGACCGUAUGACAUCUCAAGAAGCUGCCUGUUUCCCAGAUAUAAUCAGUGGGCCACAGCAGACUCAGAAGGUGUUUCUGUACAUCAGGAACCGCACACUGCAACUUUGGUUGGAUAACCCAAAGAUUCAGUUGACGUUUGAGGCAACUAUCCAACAGUUAGAAGCACCUUAUAAUAGUGAUACAGUACUAGUCCACAGAGUACACAGCUAUCUAGAGCGUCAUGGUCUAAUCAACUUUGGUAUCUACAAAAGAGUGAAGCCCCUUCCAACCAAGAAGACUGGAAAGGUGAUCAUUAUAGGUUCUGGAGUCUCUGGGUUGGCAGCAGCUCGCCAGCUGCAGAGUUUUGGGAUGGAUGUCACAGUUCUGGAAGCCAGGGACCGAGUAGGAGGAAGAGUUGCUACAUUUCGCAAAGGGAAUUACGUUGCUGAUCUAGGAGCAAUGGUGGUGACAGGACUUGGAGGGAAUCCCAUGGCUGUGGUCAGCAAACAAGUAAACAUGGAAUUGGCUAAGAUCAAACAAAAAUGCCCACUUUAUGAAGCAAAUGGACAAGCUGUUCCAAAAGAGAAGGAUGAAAUGGUGGAACAAGAAUUCAAUCGUCUUUUGGAAGCUACCUCCUACCUCAGUCAUCAACUGGAUUUUAAUGUUCUCAAUAAUAAGCCUGUCUCCUUAGGUCAGGCUCUGGAAGUUGUCAUACAAUUACAGGAGAAGCAUGUGAAGGAUGAACAGAUUGAACACUGGAAAAAGAUUGUGAAAACACAGGAGGAGUUGAAAGAUCUUCUUAACAAGAUGGUGAGUUUAAAAGAGAAGAUUAAAGAACUCCAUCAACAGUACAAGGAAGCAUCAGAAGUGAAACCACCUCGGGAUAUUACAGCAGAGUUCCUUGUGAAAAGCAAACAUAGAGAUCUGACUGCACUUUGCAAGGAGUAUGAUGAAUUGGCAGAAACGCAAGGAAAGCUGGAAGAGAAGCUUCAAGAACUAGAAGCCAAUCCGCCAAGUGAUGUUUAUCUGUCAUCAAGAGACAGGCAAAUACUUGACUGGCAUUUUGCCAACCUAGAAUUUGCUAAUGCUACACCUCUAUCUACACUUUCACUGAAGCACUGGGACCAGGAUGAUGACUUUGAAUUCACAGGCAGUCACUUGACUGUGAGGAAUGGAUAUUCAUGUGUGCCUGUAGCCUUGGCAGAAGGGCUAGACAUCAAAUUAAACACAGCUGUUCGACAAGUUCGCUAUACAGCUUCAGGUUGUGAAGUGAUAGCUGUUAACACUAGAUCUACUAGCCAAACUUUCAUUUAUAAAUGUGAUGCUGUGCUGUGUACACUUCCCUUGGGAGUCCUGAAACAGCAGCCCCCAGCUGUGCAGUUUGUGCCACCUCUUCCUGAGUGGAAAACUUCUGCGGUGCAGCGGAUGGGAUUUGGCAACCUUAACAAGGUUGUGUUGUGUUUUGAUCGCGUCUUCUGGGAUCCAAGUGUCAAUUUGUUUGGUCAUGUUGGUAGCACUACGGCAAGCAGAGGAGAACUUUUCCUGUUUUGGAACCUGUACAAAGCACCAAUUUUGUUGGCUCUAGUAGCUGGAGAAGCAGCAGGGAUCAUGGAAAAUAUCAGUGAUGAUGUCAUUGUUGGACGAUGUCUUGCCAUUCUCAAAGGCAUUUUUGGCAGCAGUGCUGUGCCACAGCCCAAAGAGACUGUGGUAUCCCGCUGGCGUGCUGACCCUUGGGCCCGGGGAUCAUACUCCUAUGUAGCAGCUGGAUCUUCUGGAAAUGACUAUGACUUGAUGGCUCAGCCAAUUACUCCAGGACCAGCCAUUCCAGGUGCUCCACAGCCUAUUCCUCGCCUGUUUUUUGCGGGAGAACAUACAAUUCGCAACUACCCUGCAACUGUUCAUGGUGCUUUACUGAGUGGACUGAGAGAAGCGGGUCGCAUUGCAGACCAGUUUCUUGGGGCCAUGUAUACUUUGCCUCGUCAGCCUACACCUGGGGUCCCCACACAGCAAGCUGCCAGCAUGUGAGAGCAGUGGCAGGUACCAGAAGAGGAGUGAUAAAACAACACUGCUGCUGUUGUGAACUUGUUCUUGGGAUGAAGAUAUCUCUGUGGUCUGUAACAGUGUCUGCUGAAAGGACUCAGCCUUAGGUUGCUGUGUAACACUUCCGUUAGAAUGGCCUUACAAAAACUUUACCUGACCUUUGUCUUGGCAUCCUUUUUUAUUAAAUCUCUUAUAACUGUU